AUGAAUGUUGAUGUAGGAAGGACAAGGACAGCAGUACCGAAGGAAGUAAGAAAAGAAAUGUAUGAUAUAACUAAUGUUGAUGUAGGAAAGACACGUAAGGCGGUACCAAAAGAAGUAAGGCAGGAAAUGCACGAUAUAACUAAUGUUAAUGUAGGUGAAACGAGAAAGAAGAAAAGCGAUGAAGAAAAGAAAAAUAUAGCUGUAAAAUAUGCAAAAGCAAUUGCACAAUUACGCAAAGCAAACGAAGUAAUUAAAUCUAUAGAUGAUAAAGCUCUUGAUGGUGAGAAAUGGUUAAAGAAGGAUGAAAAUAAUAAACGCAAAAAUGUUAAAGCAGGAAAUAGAAUCAUAGAUUUUAACAUUAAAGAACUCAAUGAAGAUAACAGAAAGUAUUUACAUGAACGUUUCGGAAAAAUGUUUAUUAGGCUUCUGCAGAAGAUAAAAGUGAAUUCGCAGCAAAAAUGGAUGAUUUGUUAUAAACUCGAUGGUAAAUUUACUAAUUCAACAUUGAACAUCGAGAACAUCGGAGCUUUACUUCAUCAGUUAAAGCAAGGAAACUUUAUAACAGAGAUUGAAGCAAACGCAGCUGGAAUAAUUGAAAAACAUUAUGAUUUCUUUAUGACAAAUAUUAAGAACCUCGAAGAAAUUAAAAUGUAUGAUUUAACUGAAUAUGAAGGAUUAACGAUGAGUGAUAUUAAGAAAGGUAAGCCACAGAAGAGAGAAAAAAGAGAUGAAAGCAAAUUAACAGCACGUCAGCAAAGAUUAUUAAACAGGCUUAAAGAAAUAGGUGAUAAACAGGAUAUAGAUGAUUUUUGGAAUGAAAUUCUUGAUGAAAAGAGAACGAAUAAAAAGAGAAGCGGUGAGUUUUGGAAAUAUAUUUGCAGAUUACCUAUAAAUCUUGAACGUUAUCAAAUUUUCAAUGAACUUAACAAAAUAACUGCAAAAUUGAUGACAGAAGAUAACUGCUUCGUUUAUGCUUGCAUUCAGGCUGGAGUUGAUGAGCAGACG